UAAUCUCUCCGUCUGCCUUUUUUCUCUACAAUUAUGGGUUGUAGUUCAAAGCCGCAAAAAAAAUACAGGGCCCAAAAAGUGGGACCAGUCACUAAAAACGGGUACCUGAACUACCUGCGGAUCUUCAAGAAGAAGCACUGCGGCCUGUCGCCCCGGGAGAUGAUCAGCAAAGGAGCCAAGGCCUGGAAUGCCCUGAGCUGCGAGCAGAAGGCGAGCUUCCGCAAGAAGACCAAGUCGGGAAGGAGGUCUCGCGGCAAGAAAUCCGGGUGCAAGCCCAAGCGUUGCUGAACCGCGAGGGCUCUCCAGAAUAUCCUACGGGUUGUGCAUGAUUCUAUUCUCAAAAUUUCAAGUGAUUGUCUAGUUCCGAUAUGGGUGUUUCCAGCUGUUGCUUUCCACCGUUUCCGGGUUCCAUUAAGCAGGUCCCAUCAAAGCCGAAUCUUGCCCUUAAAUGGCCA